UAUGCCUAUAUUGAUUGUCAUACUUUCCAUGUUGGAAGUUAAUUGCUGGAUCGUACAAUCUGGUUUCGAUCAAAUGGCAUUGGUGACGAAAUCCUACUUAAACAUCUAUUAUAAAAAGUUGAAGUUUUUAAUUUGUCUUUUAUAUCUUGAAAUAUAAGUGAAUAGUGUAAUUAAAAUAUUCAAGAUGGGUUUGUGGCUAUCUCAAUUGUACGAUGUAUUUUCUGAAUUUUCUGAGUCGACACCAGCAAGAAUUUUGAUGUUGGGACUGGACGCAGCAGGAAAAACAACCAUUCUUUACAAGAUCAAGUUGAAUGAAAGGGUCCAUGCAAUCCCUACUAUUGGGUUCAAUGUUGAAACUGUCAGUCCAGUGAAGGGUAUCAGCUUUACCGUGUGGGAUAUUGGUGGACAGGAGAAAAUCAGACGUCUGUGGCAUCAUUAUUACCGGAAUGCAGAAGGACUUCUUUAUAUAGUUGACAGCAAUGAUAGAGAGAGACUUUCGGACGCUAAAGAUGAACUUGAUGGAAUUAUCAAUAGUGAUGAAAUGAGAGGUGUACCAGUUGUAGUCGUGGCCAAUAAACAAGAUUUACCACGAUCUAUGAGUCCAUCAGAAGUGGCAGAUGGUCUUGGUUUAUCGGAGAUGACUAGCAGAAAAUGGUACAUUCAUGGAGCGUGCGCAACAACAGGUGAAGGAAUCUUUGAGAGCAUGAAGGAAAUGGCAAACUUGGUUAAAAAUAACAAAAAAUAUUGACCUCUGUCAUCUUAACAUACGAUACAUGAACUGGAAGAUAACACAGGAAGUAGAAGAUAUCCCGAUAAACAUUACUUCGGACAACAAGAUAAACAUUGAUCUGGUAACAGGAAUAAAGAUCUAAGUGUGGAAAUGUAUACAAUGAAACUGUGCAAUAUGUUAAUUCAUUGAAGGACUAGAUUGCCGAUGUAGUACUUCCAUAGUAAAAUCAAACUGAGAAAGAUGAAUUAUAUUAUUGUAAAUCAUUGUGGUAUGCAUUUUGUCAACGUUCUGUUGUUCUAUUUGUAUGUUUAUAAAAAAGUGAAACUAU